AUGGCUUACAUAAUCAGCCUCAGAGAAGCAACCUUGUUCUCCAUUUUCAUAUUUAUAUUCUGUUCUCCUUCAAUGGUUCUUUCUCAGUUUUUCAGCUCAAUUCAAUUGCCACCAACAGCCAAAGGGCCCGAAUCCUUUGCCUUCGAGCUUGGAACCGGACGCAUUUAUGUAGGUGUAGAUGAUGGUAGAAUUCUGCAAUAUAACGGACCAGCCACUGGAUUUGUGGACUUCGGAUACACCAGUGGAACUAGGUCCAAGGCAGUGUGUGACGGCGCUACUAAUCCAGAUUUGGGGCCAAUCUGUGGAAGGCCAAUGGGUUUGGGGUUUCAUUACGCCACGAGUCAGCUGUAUGUUUGUGAUGCCUAUGUCGGCCUCGUGGCGUUAGAUUCUAGAGGAGGACUAGCAAACCUAGUAUCCAGCAGUGCAGAUGGAGAGCCUUACCGCUUUUGCAAUGGUUUAGAUGUCCACCAACUAUCCGGAAAUGUUUUUUUCACGGACACCAGCACUGUCUAUGAUCUAAGAAAUGCUUCAAAAGGAUUGACCUCUAAUGAUUCGACAGGGAGGCUGUUAAGGUAUGACCCUAAUACUAAGCGAGUUACAGUGUUGCUAAAGAAUCUUACGGGGCCAGCCGGGGCUGCAGUUAGCCAAGACGGAACAUAUGUCCUCAUCUCUAACUUCAAUAGUAACACAACUAUGAGGUAUUGGCUCCAAGGUCCUCGAGCCAACACCUAUGACAUCAUAAGUAUUCAGGCAAGGCCAAAUAAUAUUCAGGGAACACUAGCAGGGGAUUUUUGGCAGGCAGCAGCAAUGGUAAAACAACCCACGCAGUCAUUGGUGCCUAUAGGGCAAAGGAUCAGUGGGUUAGGUAUUGUUACUCGAACAGUAAACUUCGAACAAUGGUAUGGCAAUAAUUUAAUCAGUGAAGUACAGGAGUUCGGUGGUGCAUUAUAUGUAGCAUCGCGCUAUGUGAAUUUUAUUGGCGUCUAUAGGUUUUAA